GCACGGUCCAAAUGAUUCUUCCAGUUUCUGUGAUUCAUCCAGGUGCAUUUAAUGAGAUCUAGAAGAGGGGCAGCUUGUCCAGAAUCAGUCAUUAUUGAUGCAGUUAAAAUUCAUGAAGAUGGAAAGCAAAAUGAGAAGGCUGCAAAUCUUGUGGAUGACCCUUGUACUGAUGUAGAAAUAGCUGCCUCAUCCUCUGGAGAAGUGAAAAUUUAUUUGAGUUGUAAUUCUGCUAUUAGAAGAUCUGAUUUCCAUAUGCCUAGUUUUGAUGCUGUUCUGAAAAUGGUGGAGGAUAAACUCCUCACAUCCUACAAUAUCGUGGACCAAAGUUUCUCUCUGAAGAAUGUUAUGAGAGAUAUGUGCAACUGUUUUCUUGAACAAGGAACAAAAUCGGAAAAUUAUGUUGUAGAAGCUUUUGGUUUAUCAAAGCAUACCGGCAACAUAGCUGCGAAUGAAGAAAAUGUCUCUGAAAGUUACAAAUCCAUCCAUCAAAAAGAUAAUCUGAGCUCCCAUCACGACUAUGAUGUUGCCAAAGGGCAUGAAAGAGCAGUAAUUACACUGGUGAAUGAGGUGAAUGAUGAAUGCCUGCCAUUGUUUAGUUAUAUUCCCCAGAACAUGGUCUUUAAACGUGCAAAUGUGGGCUUCUCACUGUCCCGACUUGGUGAUGAUAAGAGUGGUGCAUCAUGUUCAGGAAAUUGUCUAUCAGCGUCGGUACCUUGUGCCUGUGGCCCCGGUGGUCAUUGUGCAUACACCAUAGAUGGUCUUGUUAAAGAAGACUUUUUAAAUGAGUGUAUCUCUAUGAAUCGUGAUCCACAAAAGAACUGUCCACAAUGCUACUGUAAGGAGUGCCCACUUGAAAGAUUUAAAAAUGAGAAAAUCUUGGAACCUUGUAAAGGUCACUCGAUAAGGGAAUUCAUAAAAGAAUGCUGGAGGAAAUGCGGUUGUAGCAAAAAAUGUGGAAAUCAGGUUGUGCAGCGUGGCAUAACGAUCAACUUGCAGGUUUUUAUGACCCCGGAAGGCAGAGGAUGGGGCCUUCGAACAUUGCAGGACCUUCCAAAGGGGGCUUUUGUAUGUGAAUAUGUGGGCGAAAUCUUGACAAAUGAGGAGUUUUAUAAGCGAGCGUCAGCCAGAGCAAAUAGUGAAGAAGCACAUGCAUACCAUGUUUUGCUUGAUGCAGAUUGGUCAUGUGCAGAGAAACGUAUCUUAAAAGAUGAAAAAGCUCUAUGCUUGGAUUCUAGUCGUUAUGGGAACAUUUCAAGGUUUAUCAAUCAUAGAUGUUUCGAUCCCAGUCUGGUUGGGAUACCAGUGGAAGUGGAGACACCCAAUCAUACUUAUUAUCAUCUUGCUUUCUUCACGACAAGAGAAGUGAAAGCAUUCGAGGAAUUGACCCGGGAUUAUGGGAUUGAUUUUGAUGAUCACGAAGAUCCAACAGUCAAGGCCUUUAAGUGCGAAUGCGGCAGCAAGUACUGUCGAAAUAUUAGACGCAAGAGAAGUAAGUUGUUCCCUUAG